AUGAUGGGAAAUCCAUCUCCCAAUAUCAUAGUACCUACUUCGAAGGGAUACAUAACUACCGCCCCGAGCGCAUACCAGAGAAUCAUUGGUCCACAGAUAAGUGGAGAAAGAAUUCAACAAUUGCUCUGUAGAACCACCCGAUCGCAGAUGCUAAUGGGUCGACAGCAUGACACGUUGUGGAGGCGUAUCUACUGGGGUUGGUCAAAAAAUACGGAGAAGAUCUUUCAAACCAUAAAGAUGAUGCAAGGGUAUGGGAGGAAACCCAACUUAGGAGAAAAGGAAAGAAGAAGGGUGAUAUCUAUGGAAUAUGAGCAUCAGAUAUACAUUUUUUGGUUUCUAGGACACCAUCUUCCCGAUCCACCCAAUCGGACAGUACACAACAAUAGGUUCAUAGGUUACGUGCACAAGUUUCUAUCAUGGAACAACAACAACACAAAUGAAAGAACAAAUGCAAAUGGCUAUGAGGAUGAUAAAUAUGUCUGCAAAUCAACCCCAUGCUCCCCCUAA